UGAGAUGUGUAGAGCAGAGCCAGUGGCAGUCCUGUGAAUAAAACAGAAGGCACAGUUCACUGUGGCCCUUGAUUUUUAACCAAAAGGCAGAGUAGGCAUUGAUUGGCAUCAACCACGAAAGAAAUUUGUGAGUUUUGUGCAGCUUCAAGUGCUGAUAUCAGUGAUGUUAGUGACUUUUGGAGUUUGGAGCCUGUGUGCUGAAUUUAAGAAUGGGUGUGUGGUGGAUUCAGGACACCCAUGUUUGGUUUUUUAAGCUACUGCUCUUGGCUGUGUCAGCUGGUGCACUGGUGACAAGCUGGUCCUCUCCUCUAAGAUUCAUCUGUGCACUGUGUAGAACUGUUGCUGCUCUUCUCAGUGGAUGGCUGGGGCUGCCCUGGAUUCAAAAUCCUGCCUGUAAUGAUUGCGUGGGUCAAGAUCUCCUGGGAAAAGAUCCUCCAUGGAAACACCAGUCCCAGCUAAGAAAUAGCCAAGCAGAGGCCCCGUGGCUGGGAAGGCUGGUUACAGGGCUGUGUCAUCAGACCAACUUUGCAUUUUGAUGUCCAUGCCCUCCACCUCGGUGACAUCUCCUUUGGCUUUCCUCGCACCUUGUCCUGCCGCCUGACCAACACCUCCCUGAUGCCCAUGGCCUUCACCCUCCACAUUCCUGGGGACGGCUCUGGAGAGCCCAGCCUCACCAGCUCAGAUCAGACAUCCAGCAACACUCACCCAUCCUGGAGAAGGGGAGCUCAGGGUCUCGCGAAGCCAAUGGAAUUUACCAUAACGCCCUGCAGAGGGACCAUCUGCUCCCAGGCAUUCCAGGAUAUCCAGGCUGGCACGUGCUCACGCUGGAGGAUUGAACCCAGUAAGGGAGUGAUCCCCCCCGAGAGCGAGGUGUCUCUGACUGUCACAGCAAACCUCGAUGACACGGGGAAAUUCGAGGACAAGGUGAAGCUGUUCAUUGAGAACAGUGAAGUGAACAUCAUCCCUGUGCAGGCUGUGGGUGUUGGCACCACAAUUGUCACUGACAAACCUUUCUCUCGGGAGCUCAACUUUAAGCCCCACUUCAGCCUCACUCCCUGCUGUUACCAGUUCAAAAUAACAAACAAAGGGCGACACACCCAUCAACUGUUCUGGACCACAGAAGGGUUCAGCGUAGUUCAGCAGCAUCGUGGCCUCGGUACCACCAAGGACAAAAGCACUUCCCAGGUCCCCAGACCUGCCAGCCCCGUGUUCAAGCUGCAACCGCCACAGAUGGAGCUGCUGCCGGGCCAGACCAAGGACAUGGUGCUGGAAGGCUUCUCCAGCACCCCCCAGCCCAUAAAACUAGACAAAGGGGAGGAACGUCACAUCCAAUUUAACCCGGCUUAUAAAAAGGAUUUGUAUAGCUGGGUAGCAGAGAAGACACUGAACAUGCAGUUCAUGGAGCAUCCCCACGAGGAGCAGAUCACCAUUCGGGGAGAAGUCUACUUCCCAAACCUCCAUAUCCAGCCCAAGGCCCUGGACUUUGGCUACAUCAUAAAUGGCACUGAACAAGUGGAUUGUGUGGCAAUGACCAAUUGCAGCCCAAUCCCUGUCCACUACCACUGGUCCUUCCAGACAGACAGCCAGGUGAACACCAUAAGAAUCCCCUCCGAGGGGUGCGCCGGGCUGUGGCUUCGCUGCCUGCCCGGGAUGUGGCACGUCAGCACGGGCCGGUGGAGACACCUUCUGGGGUUCAGCAGAAGUGGUCGUGACGAGCAGGGAUGUUUCCUUUCAGGUUCACAUCUUCACUACCUAAAUUCCAAGGAGGAGAGAGGCCUCCAGGUGCCACAGGUGAGAAGCUGCCCCCAGAAGGGGGUGAAGGGCUGUGACAUCCUCCACCAGCCCUGAGUAUGGCCAGAGCGAGCUCCUAUCUGCCUGCCACGGACAGGGGGAAAUAAUCAGGAUGUCUCCUUGUGUCCCUCAGUCACGAAGAGUAGGAUUGGGUGAGUUCUUUAACCAGUGGAACUGUUGUAAAUGGGUUUUGAGAAAGUAACAGUGAAUGGAAUGUUGAGGGCUUUGUAACCAACUUUGUAAGGAGUCAAACUGACUUAAUAAAGACCUGUAAAGCCAA